UUUUCCUGAGCAAUGCACUGAGAAGUCAGCCCAGGCUCAGCCGCUGUCCUCGCCAUGAAGAUAGCAGGUGUCUUUGUGCUCCCGGCUCUGGCCUUUUUCUGCUUCUUCUCAGACGUCGCCAGCCAGAAAUGGAGUAAGUUUUUUCAGGACCACUGCAAAGAAUAUCACGGCAUCUCCCGCACUGGGGCCUUUUACUGCAACAGGAUUAACAGCCCUGUCCGUGGCCCAGAUGGCAAAACGCACCUCAACCAGUGCCUCAUGUGCAAAAAGCUGAUGGGAAGAGGACUCAAUAAUGCGGGGAGCGGUGGAGAAGGCAAUGGGAAGGAAAGUGGAAGCAGAGACUCGUCAGGAAAGAUCGACUGCAGCGAAUACGAGGAACUUUUCAAGAGCGGACACUUUUCCUGCACGAAGGAGAACGACCCCGUGCGCGAUUCUUUGGGCAAGGAGCACAGCAACAAGUGUCUCCUGUGCGCGGCGCGGUACAAAAAGGAGAACGGGCUGAAUUCUACCCAGAACAGCCCUGGGGAAUUCGUGGGAGUCAAGGUUGACUGCAGUGCAUAUGAAGAAGACUUCAAGAGUGGGACGCUUUCCUGCACGCGGGAGUCGGACCCGGUGCGGGAUUCCUCCGGCAAGGAGCACAACAACAAGUGUGUCCUGUGCGCAGAGCGAUUCAAAAAGGACAAUGGGAUGACCAAGGAAGACGAGGACGAGUGCAGCGAAUAUCGGUCGCAAAUCAGGAACGGUGGGAAACUCUUCUGCACGAGAGAGCUCAAUCCUGUCCGCGACGCCUCCGGCCGAGAGCACCCCAACAAGUGUUACAUGUGUGCAGACAAGUUCAAAAAGGAAGCUCAAAACGGCGGUCGGCCUCGCGUGAGCUCGCAGUCAAGCCAGAACGGCUGCGGCGGUUCCGGGUCGCAGCAAGGAGAGGACGGACGACCUUCCUGCCCGAGCGCUCGGCCCGGCUGCGGGGGGUCACGGGGAGUCCCAGGCCAGUCCGGUGGAGGUUGUGGACAAGACGACAAAGUCACCCAAGCAGAGAACAGAGAGGCUCAGUACAAGGAGGAGCUGCAAUGCAAUCAGCUGCUCUACGGUGUGAAAGGCGGAAGGAUUUUCUGCCGGUCGCCUGCAGUCCCUGUUUGUGGCACCGAUGGAAAAACCUACUCGAAUAGAUGUCAGCUGUGCUUUGCAGCGAGGCAGUCUGCAAGCUCCCUUUCGCUCAGGCACGUGGGGAAAUGCACCAGCCCUGCGGAGACGACGAAGUAACGGCGUCAAGAUUGCCAGCACGAUCCAAGGAAAAAGUGUGCCAGGGAAGUGAUUGAAGAAGUGACUUUAGCAGCUGCCCAGUCCUCCGUGCUGCAUCGCACAGCCUGCAUUCGUCCUCUCUCCCGGGAGCUCGGCUCAUGCUCUGCAGAAGACAGCUCAGCCCUGCGCCGGCUCAGGUGGGGGGAGAUGGACUUUGAGCCUUGACCCCACUCUCCGCCCUGUCUCGCUGUGUUUCUUCAACCAUCUUGUCGCUUUUCUUCCCUGGGCCUCACCUGAGGACUUCUGUAGUCAGCGGCUGAACUUGAACCUCUGCCCUUUCACCUCCCAGAAGUAACAGCCUAGGUUAGUGGAUAGUGCAUGGGGAACUGAGGCUUUCUUUGCCCUUAGCUGUAAGGUGAAGCUCAUGCGGCCACUUGAGAAUCCAUACGUGGUGAGACCCCUCGGUAGCCUGGCUAUCGCCGAUCCCAAAAGAGAUGCCCGACCGAAAGGGAGCAUGAGCUGGUGGGCUCGCAGUCAGGAUGUGUCCCGACCUGGCUGUACGGCUCUGGGCAGGAGAUGUGCAGCCCCCUCUGCAAAGUGGUCAUUAGAAAACACUUACCUACCUGGCAGCCGCAUCGGGAGGCUUCACUGACUCGCAUUUCUAAAGUGCUUUGAGAUCCCCAGGGGAAGGACCGCUGUCACAUGCGGAGUGAAAUAAACCACUUUACCCUUC